GCAGGAAUAACAGACCAAACAUGACUGACAACUAGCACAUCAGAGAAGAUAGUAGAACAGCAUGUCAAUGGAAACUCUGGAUAUGGAAGCUCUCCCCGAACUAGAGCCGCUGUGCAUAUUUGGGACUGGGGACCUAGGGCGCUCUCUGGGCAUGCGUCUGCUUCAGUCUGGCUUCAGAGUGGUGUAUGGAAGCCGCAGACCUCAAAGCUGUGGUCUUUUGCCUCUAGGAGCUCAGGUGAUGACCCAUGCGGAAGCAACUCAGGCUGCCAGUUUGAUCUUCAUUUGUGUUCACAGAGAACACUAUGACUUCUUGGAGACGAUGGCACCUCAUCUUAAAGGAAAGGUGCUGGUGGACCUCAGUAACAACCUGAAGAAAAACAUGUACCCAGAAGCCAAUGCAGCCUACUUGCAGAGGCUGGUUCCCAAAGCUGCUGUGGUGAAAGGCCUUAACACGCUGUCCGCCUGGGCCCUGCAGAAUGGACUCCUAGCUGGAAAGCAGGUGUACCUGUGUGGGGACCAUGCCGAAGCAAAGCAGGCAGUUGCACAGAUUGCAACCAAACUGGGCCUCACCGUUCUGGAUAAAGGCUCUCUGUCAGCAGCUCGAGAGCUGGAGGACUUCCCCCUCCAACUGUUCCCAGAGUUUAGGCUGCCUCUGUUGAUAGCUGUAAGCCUCUUGGCCUUCUUCUUCUUCUACUUGCUCAUUAGAGAUGUCAUCUAUGCAUUUGUCGAAAAGGGGAAUGAAAUCUCCUACCGAAUCAUGGUGUCCCUGGCCAACAAGGUGUUUCCAAUUGUGGCACUCGUUAUGCUGUCUCUCUGUUACCUGCCUGGUGCUAUUGCUGCUUUUCUUCAGCUCUACAGAGGAACCAAAUACAGUCGUUUCCCUUACUGGCUGGACCGCUGGAUGCUGUGCAGGAAGCAGAUGGGCCUUCUUGCGCUUGGCUUUGCUUUUCUACAUGUCAUCUACACAUUAAUCAUUCCUCUUCGCUAUACUUUCUGGAAUGCACUUGUCUCUGAUGCAGUGAAUAAGAUGAAGAAUAAUGAAACCACAGAAUUCAGUAAAACUGAAGCUUGGGCCACGGACUCAUUUUUCGCUCUGGGAAUCCUGGGCUUCUUCCUUUUUGUGCUGCUAGGACUAACAUCCCUGCCCUCUGUUGGAGGCUCCCUCAGCUGGAGAGAAUUCAACUUUGUUCAGUCUAAGCUGGGCUAUCUGACUCUGUUGGUGUGCACGACCCAUGGCUACCUUUAUGGCUGGAAUAAAUUUCUUCUUCCGGCUACCUACAAAUGGUACACCCCCCCAGCGUUCAUGCUCUGUCUGAUUGUGCCUUCGGUGGUGCUGGUGCUCAAACUGAUCAUCCUCCUGCCCUGCGUGGACCGCACCCUCACUCGGAUACGACAAGGUUGGGAAAGGAACCAGCCAAAAGAGGAGACGGGUUGAAUCAAGCACGGACAACUGAUAAUUGCAUUUCUACCAGAAAACAUUGCAAUUUACAAUUUAAUCCAGUUAACAUUUUUAUUUGCAUACUUUUCACAUAGUUGCUAUCAAAUAGCUGUUAUUGAUUCCGAAUGCAAUAUAUUGUUUUGUUUUCUUUUCCACUGAAAUAGAUAAUACAUAAUUUUAAACUAUACUUUGCUUUAAAAGGCAAAUAUUGGCUUUUAAAAUUCAUUCAUACAGCAUGACAUAGAACUUGUUGUUGUCGAGUUGUCAGAGCCUGAAAUGAGUUUCCUUUUUUUUUUUUAAACAAUUUCAGAAUAAACCUUUUAUCCAUA